GCGUAGCUAUAAGUAGUUUGCGGAAGAGAAGGGGAAGCUAGCUGCAGCGGGACCACCGCGACGACGACGUGAUUCGCAUUGUGUCGGCUGUGCAAAAGGAGGCAAAAUUAUAUCGAACAUGUAUAAUUAGCUCCAUAAAAAGUAAUAGCCACGAGUACUUAUAAGUGCGAAGUGUUAUUGAAUCGCGAAAGUCUUUGGCGAGGACAUCAUGUCAGCUGACAGAGUUCGUCGAUUGCGAAGGUAAUGAGGGACAUCUUUGGAAUUUUUCAUCAGGGUAUUGUCGUUCGGCUGCUAGUAACAGCCCAGACAUAUUCCUCGGAUUAUUUUUGCAAAAGAAAGGCUGCACCGUUAGGACACAGGGUGAAAGUACUUAUACAUUGAUGACAAAGUCUACGGUCUCGUAAAUAAAGUUUCGAAAAAUGAGCGCGCAUCAUCGUUUGAAUCCAUCCUUAGGUGAAAUUGAACACACAAGUUUUUUAUCAGAAGACAUUGGAGCAUUAUAUCUGUCAGAUGAUUAUUCGGAUGUAACGCUAAUAGUCAGUGGGCAGAGAUUCAAUGGUCACAAAGUUAUACUAGCAGCGAGAAGUCAAUAUUUCCGUGCACUGCUUUUUGGUGGUUUGCGCGAAUCCACCCAGAGUGAAAUUGAAUUGAAGGAACCCACAUUACCAGCUUUUAAAGGAUUGUUAAAAUAUAUUUACACUGGUCAUAUGUCUUUGGCAAACCAACGAGAAGAGGUCAUUUUGGACAUUUUAGGACUAGCUCAUCAGUAUGGUUUUGUGGAACUAGAAGCUGCUAUCUCUGAUUAUUUGAAAGAAAUUCUUAAUAUAAAAAAUGUCUGCAUUAUAUUUGAUGCUGCUCGACUGUAUCGUCUUGAGUUCUUGAUGAAGGUGUGUUAUGAAUUCAUGGACAAACAUGCCCUGGAAAUCAUUCAACACGAAACCUUCUUCCAACUGAGUUCUGGUGCACUAAAUGAUCUGCUAGCAAGAGAUUCCUUCUAUGCAUCAGAAAUCGACAUUUUCUUAGCGGUUGAGUCAUGGGUUAAAGCAAAUCCUGGGGUCGACGCUGAUAUAGUCUUACAACAAGUAAGACUGAGCUUGAUAUCAGUCUCGGAUCUGCUGAAUGUAGUAAGACCAACUUCCUUAGUAUCUCCAGAAGCUAUAUUAGAUGCUAUUGCAGCAAACACACAAACAAGGAAUUUACAUCUAAAUCAUCGGGGACUUCUACUGGUAGAUGAAAAUGUUGCUCAUAUGCGCCACAAAGCCCAAGUUUUGCAAGGAGAAAUGAAAAAUUAUCUUUUGGAUGGUGAUACCGAAAAUUAUGAUAUGGAACGAGGAUAUACAAGACAUACGAUAAGUGAUUCUGCAGACAGCUGCAUAAUUGUAAAACUUGGUACUCAAUGCAUAAUAAAUCACAUGAAAAUGUUGUUGUGGGAUCGAGACGGACGUUCAUACUCAUAUUACAUUGAAGUAUCAAUGGAUGAAAAAGAUUGGGUUAGAGUUAUUGACCAUUCUCAAUACUUCUGUAGAAGCUGGCAAUAUUUGUACUUUGAACCACAAGCAGUCUUAUACAUUCGUAUUGUUGGAACUAAUAAUACUGUAAAUAAAGUAUUUCAUGUUGUAAGCUUUGAAGCCUAUUACACACAUCAUAAUGAAAAGUUAUUGAAUGGUUUAAUUGUACCUUCUCAAAAUGUAGCAACAAUGGAGCGUAGUGCUUGCGUGACCGAAGGUGUGAGCAGAUCGCGCAAUACUUUAUUAAAUGGAGAUUGGCAAAAUUACGAUUGGGACAGAGGAUACACAUGCCAUCAACUUAAUUCUGGGUGUAUUCAAAUACAGCUGGGACAACCUUAUAUGAUUGAUUCCAUGAGACUUCUAUUGUGGGAUUGUGAUCAAAGAUCUUAUUGUUACUAUAUCAAAGUUUCCGAUAACUUAAAAAAUUGGGAACUAGUCGUUGAUAAAACAAGAGAAGCUUGUCGUUCAUGGCAAACUCUGCGUUUUAGCCCGCCUCGACCUACUGUAUUUAUAAAAAUAGUUGGAACACACAAUACUGCUAAUGAGGUAUUCCAUUGUGUUCAUUUUGAAUGUCCUGCUCAAAUAAAUGAAAUCAAAUCUCCAAACUCUCAACGAAUAAAAGAAUUACCAAGCAAUGAAGAUUUCGAACAACCCCCGCCGCCACCGCCUCUGCCUCCACCUCCGCCAGAAACAGCUACUGAAGCUGUGAAUAUUGAUCAAGAAGAUAAUGCUUCUGUGGAUGGAUACGGUAUCGAAGAAGGUUAGCGCUUAUUAUGUGAACCUAAAAUCUAUGUUUCAUCAAAUUAACUGCACUGAAAUACUUGUUCAUUUUUAAAGGAACGUAAAGUUUUCUUUGCAAAUAUUCAAAUC